AUGAUGCAUAGAUAUUGUUUUGAAGCUCUUGAUAGAACUCUAAGAGAUAUUCUUAGAUUUAAAGAUGCAUCCAUUGGAUCGACAUUUGGCGGAAAAAUAGUUGUUCUUGGUGGUGACUUUAGACAAAUACUUCCAGUCAUUACAAAAGGUACUAGACAAGAUAUUGUUAAUGCUGCCCUUAAUUCUUCAUAUUUAUGGAAUCAUUGUCAUGUCUUAAAGCUAACAAAAAAUAUGAGGUUGGAAGGAAAUCAGGUAGAGUCACAUUUGAAUGAUCUAAGACAAUUUUCUGAUUGGGUAUUAGCAAUUGGUGAUGGUAUGAUUGAAAAUUUUGUUGAUGGUAUUGAAAAAGUUCAUAUCCCUGAUGUUCUUCUCAUAAAUAAUUGUGAUGAUCCAAUUUCUGUAAUUGUGGAAGUGAUGCUAUUGAGAAAUAUAGACCAAUCUUUAGGGCUAUGUAAUGGAACAAGGUUAUUCAUCACUAGACUUGGAAAUCGGGUUAUUGAAGCAAAAGUUUUAUCGGGGAAUAUGGCUGGAGAAAAGGUAUUCAUUCCGAGAAUGUCGUUGAUUCCAUCUGAUGCAAGAAUACCUUUUAAGUUCCAGCGACGGCAAUUUCCAAUAGUUGUAUCUUUUGCAAUGACUAUAAACAAAAGUCAAGGACAAUCUUUAUCUCAUGUUGGGUUAUAUUUGAAGAAACAAGUCUUCACACAUGGACAGCUUUAUGUUGCUCUAUCACGAGUUACAAACAGAAGUGGAUUAAAGAUUUUGAUUUAUGAUGAUGAUGGAGAAAUUUCAAAUGAGGCAACAAAUAAAGUGUACAAAGAAGUAUUCCGUAAUUUACUUGGACAAUGA